AUGGGAAGGGGAUGGGUAUAUUCUAGAAGUGAGCAAGGGGAAUCCCAGGAGAUCCAUGCUAGUGUGAGUCGGGCCGAUAAAUUUGAGUCACGGGGAAGGGCAUUAGGGAAGGGCAUUGGGGCAGUUAUGAAACCGCUAUUCGUGCUGUGGAAUGGGUUCGACAUUCCUAUCUCCAUGAUGAGCGUCCAGGAUCUCAAUAUCCACUUGCCCAAUUGA